AUGCUCCAAGAAGCCACCAAAGACAGUGAUGGAUCGAUGAAUGAGUCAUUGGGAUCGCAAGAAGACGUGGACUCCGCAGGAAUGAAGGUGACUGAGGAGGAAGAAGCGGUUGUGGAACAGGAUGAAGAGAAAGACGAAGACGCUACGAGCGCAAGUGGUCAUAAAGAUGGAACUUCAACUGGCAACACUCCAAUGGAGGAGGAUCAAGAGUCCGACUCCUCUGUGAGUCCACUGGAAUGUGUAGACAAUGGUGAGGUGGAUAAGUGUACGAUAAGGAAUGUGACUCCAGAAGAGUCAUCUUCAGAGGAGGACAAGAGUAGUCUAAAAUCGGAGGUUUCUGGGUCUACUGAUGAUGAGGAUGGGCUAGGAGAACUUGAGGCUCCAAGAAAAUCCGUAAAGAUGGAAAGUUCGGUAGAACCUAAUGAGAGCGACGCAAAAGUUGAGACUCCGGAAGAUGAUAAAGCAGAGUCUGGGGAAGAAGAUGAAGAAUUAUCUAGUGAUGAUGAAAACUCAUCUGAAGGACUAGGUGCUAGUGCUUCUGGACCUUCUGGUCCUCCUGAACCUAAAGGACCUCCUGGUGCUCAAGAUACUACUACUGCUGAUCAUACUACUUCUGAAGAUGGAGCUCAUACUACUCUUGCUCCUGUUCCUAUUACUGAUCAUUCUGAACCUACUGAACAAACACAGAAGGCUAGUGACCCAUCUUCCGUAGAUACUUCUCAACACGCUGGUAACUCAUCUGGCAAAGGUAAUACUAAUUUAGGUGUAGAUGGUCAAUCUGGAGGACCAGGCUCUGCUGGACAUACAGGACCAUCUGGUACUAUAGCUGGAGCUGAGAGAAAAGAGAAGGACGAAGAUAAAGGAAGAGAUACUGAUGAUGGUGAUCCCCCUCAAGUAGAACAACCUACUGGUGAUGCCAGUCUUCCUGAUGCUACUUCUAGUGAAGCUAAAGGAGCUAAAGGCCCUGAACUAGAUGUAAAAACUUCUGACCAAUCUAACCAAAAUACUUCUCAAGCUGCUGGAUCUCAAGGACCUGAAGAACAAAUUCUUACUUCCUCUGACUCUACUACUCCUCCUGGAACUCCUGAAGAAUCUUCUGAAGCUCAACCCUCACCUCGACAAGAAGCUACCGGUGGUGAUGCUAGUCUAGCUACUCAAACUAACUCAUCUCCUGAACCUGCUUCUAAAUCUGAUGCUGUCUCACCUGACCUAGCUAGUACUCCUGGUGGAGCUGAUGGAGAACAAGACUCUGCUGAUGGCACUAGUCAAACGGGUGGGUCACCUCCUACUACUCAAGGUAAACAAGAGCUUGCCACUGGUGCUACUCUUCCUACUGAACAAAGCGACCCUGAUGAACAAGAAAGUGAGAACAAGGCGAAAAAGGAUACUCCAGAAAAAGAGGUACAGUCUGGGAGUGGCAAGGAAUCUGUGGAUGCAAAAAAACCAUCGGAGAAACACCAAAAUGACUCAUUUCCUAGGAGAGAAUACGUCUGUAUCGAUGAAUUUGGUAUAGAGAUCCCGCCGUAUCACUGCGAUCGCGAAAAGGUGAGGCAACAAGUGCUACACUAUGGUCCUCACAUUCCAGAGCCUCUUUGGAAAAAGCCGAAAAGACCUGUAGGAUUCUUUGGACCAAAAAGAAGUGCUCCUGACGUAAAGUUCAUUGAUAGGGAUCGUUACAUGGUAGGAAGAAUGAUGAGGCGCAAAUACCUGAACAUAAUUUACCGCGACGUCCGCAGGACAUACAAACAAUAUAUAAAAAAUGCGAGAAAUACAAACGAACUACUAUAUUGGAGGGCUAAACUAGACGGCCUUCCAAAGGACUCAUCUAAAGUGAGAUUUAAAAAUAUCUGCAUGCUUACUGGGAGAACAAGGGCCGUUUAUCGCAUAAUCGGACUUACUCGGCACAAAUUUAGAGAAUAUGUAAACAAGGGCUAUGUGCCAGGAAUAAUGCAAGCUAAUUGGUGA